CCGGUCACCAUUCUUUAGAGCUGGGAGGUGCGUCUGAUGAUGGAGAGGUCGCUGGCGGUGAAGUGUCCUGACAUCAGCACCCAUCUGGCAGGCACCAAGAAGGUGCAGCAGGAGCUGGCCAGGCCUGGUAUUCUGGAGCGCUUCCUCCCAGACCAGCCAGAGGUGGUAGCCCAGAUCAGGGCCACCUUUACCGGGCUCUACACUCUUGACAUGGGUGCGGAAGGAGACGAGACUGUUGCCAUGGCUUUGGCCAAGCCUGACCAUUAUGUUCUGAAAGCCCAAAGAGAAAGAGGAGAACAACAGAUCACAGGGCUGGUGUUGCGCAACCUCACAGAGACGGAUCUGGAUAAGAUUGGAAUUGGGUGA